AUGCGGCUGCCCCUGCUCCUUCUUGUUGGGUUCCUGGAAUUUCAUUACACAGGCCCAUUCCUGGUGCGUCUGGCGGGGGGCCCCAGUGAGUGCGUGGGGCGUGUGGAGAUCAACUACAAGGGCCGCUGGGGUUCGGUGUGUGACGACGAGUGGGACCUGACCGACGCAGCCGUGGUGUGCAGGCAGCUGGGCUGCGGCACUGCACUCUCUGCCCCGGUGGGCGCCUGGUUUGGGGAGGGCACUGGCCCCAUCUGGCUCAAUGAGGUGCGGUGCCAGGGCUCAGAGCAACAUCUGCGCCACUGCCGCCACCGGGGCUGGCGCCAGCAUGUCUGCAGCCAUGAGGAGGAUGCCAGUGCUGUGUGCUCAGGUGGGGCCAGCAACGCCCUCCUGCGGCUCGUGGGGGGCCCCCACAGCUGUGCUGGGCGUCUGGAAGUGCUUCACGGGAGCCAGUGGGGCUCGGUGUGUGAUGACGGCUGGGGGCUGCUGGAGGGUGCCGUGGUGUGCCGGGAGCUGGGCUGUGGUGCAGUUCAGGCUGCCCCCGGGGGGGCGCAUUUUGGGACUGGCACUGGCCCCAUCUGGCUGGAUGACGUGGGCUGCAGUGGGAAGGAGAUGUCCCUGCGGCAGUGCCGGGCACGGCCCUGGGGGCGCACCAACUGCCAGCACGACGAGGACGCCAGUGUCAUCUGCACAGGGGGUCCUGUGCUGCGGCUGGUGGGUGGCACCGGUUCCUGCUCCGGGCGGCUGGAGGUGUUCCACCAGGGCCGCUGGGGCACAGUGUGUGAUGACAUGUGGGCGUUGCCAGGCGCGGCGGUAGUGUGCCGGGAGCUUGGCUGCGGGGACCCACUCUCUGCUCCCAGGGGGGCCUUUUUUGGUGAGGGCAGCGGUCCCAUCUGGCUGGACAACGUGCGGUGCCAGGGCAAUGAGUCGGCGCUGAGCCGGUGUCUGGCUGCACCAUGGGGCGUGCACGACUGCCAGCAUGCGGAGGACGCUGGUGUGGUGUACGCUGGCAUCUCAGAAGUGGCUCAGCUCCGACUGGUGAACGGCCCGAGUUGCUGCACUGGGAGGGUUGAGAUGUUUCACAACUAGCAGUGGGGAACCGUGUGUGACGACGUCUGGGAGUUACAGGAUGCUGGAGUCAUGUGCAGGAAGCUGGGCUGUGGGACAGCGUUAUCAUCCCCAGGAGGGGCUGGAUUUGGACGAAGAUCAAACCGUAUCUGGCUGGAUGACGUCAACUGCACAGGGACAGAAGCUGCCAUCUCCGAUUGCAGGGCUCAGCCUUGGGGAGACAGUAACUGUACCCACAGAGAAGAUGCCGGUGUUGUGUGCUCAGAGGUGAGGCUGGUAGGUGGCCCCCACCGCUGCGCCGGGCCAGUGGAGGUGCAGCUCGAUGGGCCCUGUGGCACCGUGUGUGAUGACAGCUGGGACCUGGGCGACGUGGCCGUGGUGUGCAGGCAGCUGGGCUGCGGGCGGGCCAUGGAAGCACUGAGUGGUAAAGUGUUCAGCCAGGGCAACGAGUCACACCUGAUCCUGAUGACAAACGUGCAGUGCCAGGGGACAGAGGCGGUGCUGAGGAGCUGCCCGUACGAGGAUCCAGGGGACCUCUGCCAGCAUGAUGAGGACGCAGGGGCCCGUUGUCAAGUUCUUUAG